GUAUGACUUCACCCACACUCAACAUACAGCCAAAAUAUCUAUGGUGCUCAAUGGACUGCAAAGUGUCCUGGGUUAAGGGAAGGCGGUGUCUGUGCAGUGAUAUUUCGGGAGUGCAAAUUACUUCCACCGUUCCCUGCCUGAACCCGGUGGCAGCACCGUAGGCCGGAUCGUCGCACGCGUUUGAAGUGUCCUUAUGGCAGGUCCGAGCCACGUUUUAAAGGUCCGAUCCUUAUACAAGCGGAUACUCCUACUGCACCGUUUCAUGCCCCUGGACCUGCGGGCUCUCGGGGACCAGUACGUAAAGGACGAGUUUAGGAGGCACAAGGCGGCGAGGCCCCAGGAGGUCACAAGCUUUAUGCGGGAGUGGGAGAACUACAAGGACGGCCUGCAGUCUCAGGUCCUGGAAUCAGCCGGGAGGGAGGCGAACGUCGGCAAGUACGGGGCGGACCUGUCAGCGGAGCAGCUCUCGCAGCUUCAGGACCAGCAGAUUGGACAGCUCUACGAACUCAUGCUGGAGUCCACCAAGUCCAAUCGCCAGUUCAGCAUCCAGGGGGACAGUUUGAAUAAGUAG